AUGCUAAGUCCUAUAACUGAAGACUUACUAGUAAGUUUAUUUCUCUCCAUUGCAGAAAGAGAAAAACAAGCAGACGCCAUAAGGCAAGUUCUAAUAGAGCAGCCAAAUUUUGACAUAAAUGUGAUUUUUGAGUUUUUGGACCGUAAAAGGAACAGUUAUAUCACCUUUUCUGACAUUAUUUUGUUUCUCAGGGACGAAGGCCUCAGAUUUGAAGAAAAAGAAGCAUAUAUUUUGCUAAAAGAGUGAGAUGUAAAAAAUGAGGGAAAAUUGGAUUUUGAGGACCUGAAAAGGUGGAUUUUGCCAAGUCGCUAUGAAAUGAAGAAUUAUGAUGUCGGAAGUGCCAGGAUCUCUUAUGAAGUGGAAUAUACUCUGACAAAAGUGUUUGAAAAUGAACUAUUUCUUACUUACUUAAUUAUCUGGUGUUUAAGGUGUCUAGUGCCGCAGCCCAAAAGGGCCUAUGGCAAAAACUAGUGACGUAGGCGAGCCAUCUUGGCACGGGUCAGCCCCAUCCAAGCCUUCUAUCAACUCCUGCUUCACCAGCCUUGCUGCACGUCUCACCCGGCGCGUUGCCGUCGCCCUUGUCGCUCGACUCAGCUCCUGCGCGUUUUCCGCCUAAGGGUCAUCCUCCCGUGGGGAUGUGCUGAGAGGUAAAAGCCCGAAAUCUUGAGUGGACUGAGGAGUGGUUUCCUCUGGUUAUCCCCAGAGUUAAACCUCUAUUGCUGUCCAGAAGUUCUCGAGUGAAAACCUAACCCUAUAAAUAAAAUUCCAUGAGGGAGAGAAAAUUAGCAGAGCUAAUUUCUCUCGAACCGAAUGCCAUUUUAUUUAUGAAAAUGAACUAUUUCAUAUUAGAGUAAAUGAGGAGACAAGAAUAAGGCUAGCUGAAAAGCAGGAUUUUACAUUGAUAGAUGCGUUUAGGAGCAUUGAUGAUGAUUAUUGUGGGUAUAUCACGCCUCAGAGCUUGGUGAGAUUUUUGCAGAGAAAUGGAAUUAAACAAUGUGAUGAACUAGUUCAUGGAAUAUUGCAUAGACUGGAUAAGGAUAAUGAUGGAAACUUAAAUUAUGCAGAGUUUCUAGAUGCAUUAAUACCUAAUGAUCCUGCAUAUCAGCCAAAAUUUUUAGCAAGAAAGAUUGAUGAACCACCAAUAGUUUAUUAUACACCAAAUAGACCAAAAAGAUCAAAUAAAUCUCCUCAGAGGAAAAGGCCGAAAUCAGCACGGCCAAAAUCAAGCCAAAAAUCCAGCAGGUACGAAAGCCCAACAAAAUCAAAAAAUAUAAUCACAAGAAAUAAGCUUCAGGUCUCCAAAUCAAAGCUAAAUAUCAGCAAUCUGCGCAAAACCCAGAAAAAAGAACUUGUAAUGCUAGCAAAUAUUUUCCAAGACCACAUUAUAUUUGAUAAAGACCUGGAAAAAAUCCGAGACCAGCUUGCAUUAAGGCUUGACUUCACAAUCCCGGAAUUAUUUUUUUUAUUUUCUCCUGACUCCAGUGGCCACAUAAGUGAGCUUGAUUUUGAAAACGGCUUACGCUUAUUUAGCAUUCUCCCUCAAGGAAACCAAAGCUACUUAUUAUUUAGACGCUAUGAUGGAAAUGGGGACGGAAAGCUUGACCUUGAUGAUUUCUACUAUAUUUUUCUGCCACGGUCUUGUAAUUAUUCACAUUUACUUAAAGAAAGAAUAGCUGAUCCGAAGUUUAAAGGAAGACUAUCAAUAGAGACCCAGAAUCUAGUAAGAGAAUGCUUCAGAACACUUUUUAUCGUUGAAGAAUCGUUAGAAGGAAUGCGGCAGAAACUCAAUUCACGGCCAAAUUUCGACUCUUCAAACCUCUACGAAGCGCUAGUUUCUGGGCAAAGUGACUAUAUCACAAUCCAUGAAUUCCGCGACGUCCUGCGGAGAAACAACUAUUUCCCAACUGAAAAAGACUUAGACGCAUUAUUUUCCUUUUUCGACACAAAUCGAGACGGGAAAGUAACCUAUAUAGAAUUUAUCCAGGCUUUGUCUCCUAAGUUUUCCUAA